GCUGGCUGUGAAUGAGAGUGUGGAUAGGCUGUCCCCGUGUGUGUGUGUGUCUUCUUACUAUUGUUUUGCUUCGGAAGGACGGACCGACUUCUGAUCAACUUUAGAUCUUGUUAAGGCCAGGACAGACUCAAACAUUCAAACUUUUUUACAUUUUUUGGAACAUUUGCCGGCUUUGUUUCCUCUCUAUCCGGAUUGAUUUUUGUUGAUGGCGCGGUCUAACCAAGAUGGACACGGGUUGUCUGCCGGUGGGAGACUAGAUAACGGCUUUAUCCUUUAAAUAUAAAUGUAGACUUGAUUUAACUAUCCGCUGAAAACGUGUUAUUUAUCAAGUGGAUGUAGCCGGACUGGGUCAUUUCCACCCCAGAGGUCACAUCCUAUAAUGAACAUUCUCCCACUGAAGUUUCGGUGAACUUUUCCCACGACUCGCCAUGUCGGGAGUGGUCCGCACCCUGAGCCGCUGCCUGCUCCCGGCCGAGGCCAGCCGGGACCCGGGCAGCAGCAAGGAGGGGAGCCGGGAGAGGGACGCGGCGCAGGAGCGGGAGGCGCGGCGCAGGAGCCGCGAGAUAGACGCGAUGCUCGCCCGGGAGAGGAGAGCCGUCCGCCGGCUGGUGAAGAUCCUCCUGCUCGGGGCCGGAGAGAGUGGAAAGUCCACAUUCCUCAAACAGAUGCGCAUCAUUAACGGGCAAGAGUUUGAUAAAAAAGCACUUCUGGAUUUCAGAGACACUAUCUAUGAGAAUAUACUGAAGGGCAUGCGUGUGCUGGUGGACGCCCGGGACAAGCUGGGCAUCAGCUGGCAGAGCUGCGAGAACGAGAAGCAGGGCAUGCUGGUGAUGUCGUGGGAGGGACGCGUGGGCGGCUCGGGGGUCGAGCCAAGUGAGUUUCAGCUUUACGUGAUGGCACUGACCGCGCUCUGGAUGGACACCGGCAUACAGGAGGCCUACGCAAGACGCUCUGAGUUCCAACUGAGUGAGUCGGUCAAAUACUUCCUGGAUAACUUGGAUCGUAUUGGUCAACUGAACUUUAUCCCAAGCAAGCAGGACAUUUUGUUUGCGAGGAAGGCGACAAAAGGCAUCGUGGAGCACGACUUUGUCAUCAAGAAGAUUCCUUUCAAGAUGGUGGACGUCGGAGGGCAGAGGUCCCAGAGGCAGAAGUGGUUUCAGUGUUUCGACGGGAUCACAUCGAUACUCUUCAUGGUUUCAUCUUCCGAGUACGAUCAGGUCUUGAUGGAGGAUCGAAGGACAAACCGUUUGGUGGAGAGCAUGAAUAUCUUUGAGACGAUCGUCAACAACAAGCUCUUCCUCAAUGUGUCCAUCAUCCUCUUCCUCAACAAAACAGACCUGCUGGUUGAAAAGAUUCGCACUGUGGACAUCCGCAAGAACUUUCCCGAGUUCAGAGGAGACCCACGCAGGCUAGAGGACGUGCAGGCGUUCCUGGUGCAGUCGUUCAGCCGCAAGAGGAGAAACCGGGGGAAGCCGCUCUUCCAUCACUUCACCACUGCGAUAGACACAGAAAACAUCCGCUUUGUCUUUCACGCCGUCAAGGACACCAUUCUGCAGGAGAACCUCAAAGAUAUCAUGCUGCAGUGACCUUCACGCUGCAGACAAAGGCUUCUCUGACUGUAAACUGUGAAACCAGCCAUGAAUCCAAGCCUGGAGGACACGACAGCCCCUGAGUGCAUAUUAACACUGACCUGUGGAGCAGUCUGUGGAUUUAACUGAACUCUGAACCUGUGGAGCCCUGAAGUGACUCUGGAGCCGGCGGCCCCUGUGGAAACUGUGAGGGUCGCAGAGGACAAGACCCUGCAUUUAACCUGUACAAAUGUAUGUAUGCUGGAAAGACAGCCACCUUCUUGUAUCUCUCGAGUGUUCUCGCCUUCAUACACAGGUUAGAAAAUGUUAGUAGCACUUUGUAGGACACUCAUGUCUAUUAUGCAUUAUAAAUAUACUUAUAAUGUGUUAUAAACUGCUUAUAAUCAUAGGUAUAAGCACUAUGCAUAUUACUUUAUACAUUAUAAAGCAUUUUACAAUGACUCAUAAGGUCAAUCAUCAUAAUGCUUCAUAAUUGCACUGAAUCUUUAGAUUUAAAGGUAUUCUUUUCACUUUACACAAAGCAAACAACGACCACUUAGACUUAGAGUAACUUAUAAUCACAUUAUAAUGCAUUAUAAUGUGAUUACAAUGCAUCAUGAAAAGAUUAUAAUGUAUUACAACAAUGGAAAUGAUAGUACACUGUGAUCCUUGCCAAAAAAAGGUCUGUAUUAUAUAUUGUGUAUUAUGAAAUGCUUUAUAAUGUGUUAUUGUUAUAAAGCAUUAUGCAAAGUGCUUAUAAGUAUAAAUCUAAAGAGCUAUAAGCAGAAUAUAAUGCAUCAUAGACGUGUGCGUCAUAGAAAGUGUUUUAAAAAAAGAAGAAAAAUAGAGAAAAGCACCAUUUACAUGACAUGAGCACUGAAAGUGUUUUGUUUCUCUCAGAUGUACAGUAUAUAUAUAUAUAUACACAUAUAUAUGUGUAUAUAUAUAUAUAAAUAAUGACAACCCUGUCACUAAACCUAAAAGUCAGACUGCUGCCGGUUGUAGCUGAAUUAAGCUGUGUGAGCAAGAAGCAGGAGGGGAAGAGAGAGGAAAGACAGAAAGAUUAAGAAAAGUUUAGAGCGAGCUGAAGAAUGCCUUGUCCUAAUGUCCACGUGACGAGGGAGAGGGGUGAGGGUUUGGGCUCAUACUGGUCAUAUGCUGUGUUACGUGAUAAGGUUGCACAAGUGUUCCUGUCAAUGAACUUUAGCACAGGAUAGAGAUGAGUCUCUAUCGUGCUUCCUGUUCUCUCCUAUCUUUACCUCUCCUGCCCUGCUUGUGUACAUUCCCCCCCCCCCCCCCCCCCCGCACCAUCAUACAAGACAUGAACAGCUGCAGAUAACACGUCUUAUCCCUCUUAUCCUAUAACUCUCCUCUCCUCUCCGGCACAAUAGACAGAUUGUGCGUCUCCCCCCCUCUCCAGCAGAAACAGUAGACCGCCAAAUGAGAGACUUUUCUUAGUUUAAAGACGCACAGAAACACACAGCUCCUGCGUUUGCAUGCAUUAUGGUUCAUCUCUAUCCCAACAACUUCCCUCUGUUUCCCACCAACAUCCCAGUGGAAGUACCACAAAAGCCUUGACUUAACUUGAGAUGUAUAAUAAGUAUGCCCGUCACAAGAGGUUUUGGUAUACGGUUACACUACUCCUUUCUUUGUCCUGUAAACGUGACGGGAACAGCAGAGGAUGACAGGGUUGAACUGUAAAUGACCUUAUUCCCAUGAUGCGGCCAUUUUGGACUUCUGUAGCAGUCGGGGUGGGAAGUCUCCCUGGAAGAUUGGCACAACACAAGUGAAACAAAAAAGAUUGAACAAAAAUACUUUUGCAGACGAUGCACAAUCAGCUUCAAUAAGCUUCUUUCCUCUUCCGAGUUAGGUGUCUUCUAUAUCAGGACAGGAGUAUUAUCAAUGGCCCUAAUACGCCAUCGUACGUAUUAAACAAAUUGGUUAGGUCUAGUGCUGCAGGAGUUGAUUGAUUAACCGAUGGACAGAAGAAGAAAAAAAUGUAUCUGCAACAAAUUUGAUAGUCAAUUAAUUCUCAAUUAUCAGCUGGUUCCAGCUUCUCAAAUGGGACAAUUUGCACAAUUUAUUUCCUGUAUUAUAUCAUUGGGAAUUGAAUGUGUUUGAAUUUGUCAUUUAAAGACGUCACUUUUGGGUCUAGGAACUAUUUUCUGAUAUUUUAAAGCUGCACUAGUGAAUAUUUGUAUAAUAACAAUGUGAAAGGGGUUGUUCACAGUAAUGAAUCUACAGGGAAUUAUCACUCGACCAUGCAGGUCCCCUCAGCUCUAAAGAACGUUUUAGCCUCUUGCAGCUCAUUGUUUCGGUUUUACGGCCGGAAACUUUGUUCGGCAUCAAACAGCAGACAUACACUGGGACAAAUGUUUCCAUCAGGAGUUGGUGGAGACAGAACUAGAGCUAAAAAGGGGGGGGGGGGGGGGGAAUAUUGAUUUUACAUUCAUGACGUGGCCAGAAACACGACUCCAAAUGAGUGUCGCUCUGUGUCUGAUGGAUGUAUUAAUAAGCAACUGUUUUCUAAUACAUUACAUCAACAAAUACACUCAAUGGCCACUUUAUCAGGUAUAUAGAAAUCACUUUGUCCCUGACCGUGGGGCGAUUGUUGGUUAUCUUCUCACACACAACCGUGUCUACAGUUUACAGAGAAAUGUGUUAAACUCAUCCAGUGAGCAGCAGUUCUGUGCCUUGCCUUAGUUUCCCCGGCAGUGAUGUCAUCACGUAUUUUGUGUAAAGGGGAUAUUCAACCUUUCAACUUCCGUUUCAUUAGAAUACAUCUGUUGUUACAAAUACUUGACACAUUUUAUCACAGGGAUCGUAUAAAGUUACAAAGUAUACCCAUGAAUAUUUCACAUUGGAUUCCUCCUCUGCGUUGAGGAGUUGCGUGUUUAGUCUUUGGUAUUUUGCGCCGUCUUCACAAAAUAUUUAGUUUGUACAACUCGUGCCGUUUCGGAGAAUACUUCAAAGGACAGCGCGUUGAGCGUAAACACCUUUGUGAGUGCUUGUAGCUCACGCGAGCAUAAACAAGGCUAGAACAAGAGAGGAGCCAGACUGGUUCAAGCUGACAGGAAGGCGAUAGUAACUCAAAUAACCAGGCGUUACAAACAGUCCUGAUGAGGAAGAGCAUCUCCGAACGCACCACACAUCAAACCUUGAACAUGUCCAUGUGGACUAGAAUCUCUCGAAUCCAUGCCACGAAGAACUCAGGCUGGAUACGACCCAGUAUUAUAAAGGUGUACCUAAUAAAGUAGCCACUGAGUGUGUGUCAAUGAUGCGUUUACAGCUUGUUGGUGAACAAAUGCAGGUUUAAAAAAAAAAAAGCAGAAGAUCAUCGAUUAAUCAAACGUAAUAUAAUCACUAGUUGCAGUCUUAUUAUACCGGUGACAGUUGGCUGGUAAUGUAGCAUAAAGAAACAGUACUGUAGUUUAAUAUACCUUGCGCACUGAUUUAUGAUGGUGGUUAAACUGUUGGCCAGAACUCCCUCUCACAUGUCCUGUUAUGUGCUUCUAAUGGAUACCUGCCAGCCAACCAGAGACAAGCAUCUUCAAAACCCUUUCAUCCCUUAUCCUUCCUUGGAUACUUUAAAAUCACUUUCUUUCCAACAUGUUUUCAAGUGAAAGAUCUCUGUAAAUGAAAAUGUUGAUUUGACUCCCAAUACUCGCCUGAUUUGGUACGGAGCAGUAGGACACAGCUGGGCUGCUACUCCCACCCUGAGUAUUAAGUCCAAAUGGCCCCGAGGGGAAUGAGGCGAAUCAUGAGCACUUCCACACGCCUUUGUAUAAUACUGUAUUAAACUGUGUCAUUUGUACGUACUUGUUUGUGUUUGCAUUGUGACUUAUGGCCCUUUUUGUGCAUGUUCAUUCAUCUUGUACAUAGAAUACUGUAAGUAUUUGACUGACACUGUGUGUAACGUGGUAACCUUACAAUACAAGCCACUCUGUCUAACAGUAUCACUGUAACUGUAACGUUGCUGUAACAUUUGUCGUUAACUAACCUACCUUUUCCACUCACACAAGUUUUUUUUUUUUUGUAAGUGUCGUCAUUGCACUGGAUGUGUCCGAGAGAAAACAACCAGAAAGGAAAAUGUCUGGGAAAAUGAAACAAAUAAACAGACAGCAAACUUUUAAAGGCGAGCAGGAUGAGAAGAGGGAGGUCUUCUGCUUUUGUUUUGUUUCCCAGUGCCUUGGCUCUGUGCUCUGUGCUCUGUGGUGAAAUACACUGCCGUUUGCUGA